UAAUCACGUCGUCAGAGAAGGUGAUUCCUCACUGAAGUGCAGAAGACCAGGCACAUACUACUGCAGCACUCUUGUCUUUGAGAUACAUUUUGAUUGGUAUAUUUACCUAUAUUUCAACUAUUUUUUUUUACAAUGGACGCGAACACUUGCAACAUUCAGGUUCUUCUGCAAGCUGCUGAGUUCUUGGAGAGAAGAGAACGAGAGGCAGAGCAUGGCUAUGCAUCAGUGUUGCCCGUCUACUGUCCAGGGGACUCUGAGAAGAAGAGUAAGCAGAAGAACAAGAAGCUGCAGGCUGCCGGUAGUAACAGGACAGUCCAUAAUGAGUUGGAGAAGCACAGACGUGCUCAGUUGAGACACCACCUGGAACAGUUGCAGCAGCAGGUUCCUCAGGUGUCUGACUCCAUGAGAAACACCACCCUGAACCUGCUGAGACGGGCUCAGACACACAUCAAGAAGCUGCAGGAUCAGGAUGAACGUGCGGAGCAGUUGAAGGGUCGUCUGCGUUGGGAGCAGAGAGAGCUGAGGGUGAGGCUAGAGCAGCUCCAGGGACAUGGAGGCCUGGGGGGUCUGACUGGUCUGGGCCCUGGGGGUCUGACUGGUCUGGGCCCUGGGGGUCAGGGAGGAGCUGGAGCGGUCUCAGAGAGGAUGAGGAACGACAGCCUGGGAUCAGCAGCCAUGUCCUCUUCAGAGAGAUCUGACUCUGACAGAGAAGACGUGGAGGUUGACGUGGAGAGUAUAGUGUUUGACUGUCUGGACUCUGAUGGACUGGGGACGGUCCCUCACACAGGCACAGAUCACUGUUACUCCAGCAGCCCCACCUGGGCUGGGCUAUGACCUACCUACCACUGUAUACACACGCCUCUGGGAGGGACACACACGCCUCUGGGAGGGACACACCGGCGACCUACGUCGGACUUUAAAGGGACGGGCGUUGGAGUGACGUCACCUGACGUAAGACGCCGGGGACACAAAGGAGGAAAAACAUUCCAAAUAAGACAAAGGACAAAAAAAUAAGGAAAGAAGAGAAUGAGGAACAAACCUCAACAUUACUGAACAGGAGGAACAAAC